AUGCGAUUGGAAUUCUGCGUUUCAUUGCUUGGUUCUUUCGGCAAUCGGCCAUGGAGGCAUUCGGCUAAGUCGAGCUCAAUGGGGAAUCUUCUCGUUAGGUUGCUGUUUCGCGGAGUUUCUCGUCCUCGUCCUCCGCUUCGCGUACGUUAUCACUGUCUACGGAGAGCAUUGUGAUUACGAGAACUUCUGCUUCUUCCCCCUCGAACGGGAGGAUCACUUUCGCUGGCGUCGGCGUCUUCGUCUGCGGUAUGGAAGGGUCUGCAAGUACCGUGUGGUUCGGAAAGGAGUGGCGCAAGGCACUGUGGACCUGAUCACGGGUGGUUUUCUUGCGCUGAACUCCAAGUCCCUGUGCGUGGACGCGCGGGCAAGAGGUCUUUGGCGUUGAAGGAGAUUUGGGUGCCAGAUUCUGUGGGGAUCUCUGAAAAUAAAUGCUCGCCGCUAGUCACUUCUGGUGACAUCUUCGACCAGCCGUUUGGUAACAACACAUUCGAUUUUAUUUUCUCAUGUUGCGAUACAGUCGAGCUGCCAAAAUGGCCGGCAAGUCUUGCUCUAGAAAUUUCGUGGAUAAUGAAAUCCGAAGGGUUCGAAUCAGUUCUGUACAGUCUCCAUUCUUUUCUGGGCAGUUUCCCUGGCUUUAAGUUGGUUAGGAGCCGCUAACAUUGAUGGAUUCGAUCCCUCGGCUAAAGUCUGAAGCAAUCCUGCGGAAGGAGAGAGGUAAUGUGGCCGAGAUGAACAUGAGAUGAAACAGGCCGAGGAAGAUGGUUCUCUUGUUGCCAUUUCUACUAAUAAGUUCUCCAUUCUGGAACAUAAAUUAAAGCUGCUGUAUUCCGCCGAACCGCAGAUUAAAGAGGAUCCUCUGAAGCCCUGGAUCACACUGAAGAGAAAUAUGGAGAAAAGUUUCUCGCCUCAAUGGUGGACAUGAUUUUCGAAAGCAGGUAUGUGUAUAUUGAUGUGGAUGCCCGAGGCUAUAGAUCCAGCGUUGGAAGUUGGUUUGAGAAACAGUAUCCAAAGAAGAGUAAGAUCUUUGAAGUUUAUGCAAUCGAGACUGAUAGGACAUACCACAGUGAGUAUGGAUCGAAGAAGGGAGUGUCAUUGCUCCCCUAUGCUGCCUGGGUGCGCAAUGAGACGCUCUCUUUUGAGAUGAGUGAUGAUUCAGAUCAGAAGACAGAAGUGAACGGUCGAGGAAUGGCUAGGAUUCGAUCUACUGAAGGUACCUAAAGCCUGAAGACGACCAGCAAUGUAGAAAAUAUUCAGGUCUUUGAUUUUGUUGAGUGGUUGAAGAACACAGUUAGUAUGGCAGAUUUUGUGGUGAUGAAGUUGGAUAUGAAAGGGACAGAAUUUGACUUGAUUCCAGCAUCGUUCGACACAGGUGCCGAAUGUUUUUGAUAGAUGAGAUCUUUUUGGAGUGCCAUUAUAAUCGGUGGCAGAAAUGUUGUCCACAGGGGAGGACCCCAAAUACCACCAUACAUAUGAGCAGUUCCUGCAAAUUUUCUCUUUGCUCAGGGUGCGUGGAGUUCAUGUUCAUCAGUGGUGGUGGCUGCACGAUCACAUUCAUUUCAUGA